AGCAGGAAGGGCCUGGGCCAGGAUGAAAAUUGGGAUUUUUGGGCUGAUUUGAACCCCAAAUCCAUUUGCAGGUUGGUGCUGGAGCAGCUCCUCACUGCCAGGAUGAGCUUCCCAAAUUCCAGCCAACAUCCAGGAGCUGGGAAUUCCUGCAGGAUCACCCUUGGACAAGCCAAUCAGGUGAUUCCCAAAGUUCCCCUGCUGAGGAUCCUGCAGGCUGCAGGGGCCCAGGGAGACACCUUCACCCUCAAAGAGGUGAUGCAUUUCCUGGGCCAGUACAUCAUGGGCAGGCAGCUCUACGACAAGAGGCAGCAGCACCUGGUGCACUGUGGAGGGGAUCAGCUGGGGGAGCUGCUGGGACUGCAAGGGAUUUUCCUGUCCCUCCCCAGCCCCGUGUACGAGAUGCUGAAGAGGAACCUGAGCCCUGCUGCCCUCCCAGAUGCUGCACAGACUCUCCCAAAGGAGCAGAGCGUCGCUAAGCCCAGCCCAGACCAGCUGCAGCUCAGCCAGGAGGAAGGAUCUGACUCUGGCAUCCUGGAGGGUGACAGCAAAAUCUCUGCUCCAGCUACCUCAGAGCCCAAAUGUGACACUUGUGAAGACAAAGACUUGAUAGAAAACCUCUCCAGAAGCAAAAAGCCCAAGCUGGACCUGGUUUUUGAGGAGUGGGAUGUGGCUGGGCUGCCCUGGUGGUUUUUAGGGAAUCUCAGAAGCAAUUACAAAUCCAGGAGUAAUGGAUCCACAGAUAUUCAAACUAACCAGGACAUUGACACUGCCAUAGUUUCAGACACCACGGAUGACCUGUGGUUCCUCAACGAGUGUCCCCUGGAGCAGGGCAGUGCUGGCCUCAAGGUGGAGGUGCUGGACUGUGAGGAGGUGACAGAAGGUGACACAAAGGUGCCUGAGGAUGUGUGCUUGGAUGAGCUGGAAGAUUCCCAGUGCCUGAGUGAUGACACAGACACAGAAGCUGCUUCUGAGGAUUGCUGGCAAUGCUCCAAGUGCAAGAAGUUCAACUCUCCGGGGAAAAGGUACUGCUGCCGCUGCUGGGCCCUGUGCAAGGACUGGUACCGGGACUGCCCCAAACUGCCCCAUUCCCUGUCCCUUUCCAACAUCACUUCCGUGCAAAAGCAGGAGCAGGAUGAAGGGAUGGAUGUCCCAGACUGCAGGAGGACGAUUUCAGCCCCUGCUGGCCAAGCCAAACAUCUUUUCUUGGGAGAGCCCAAACCCCCCCUGGGGGAUCCCGGCGGCUCCAUCGACUCCUUGGAUCUGGCGCGGGACGGGAAAAACCGGGAUUUUGCCAAGCUGAAGAAAGAGGAGGAGAUGGAAUCUUUGGAGAGCAUCAAAACCCUGCUCAAUCCCUGCUUCCUGUGCCAGCACAGGCCUCGGGAUGGGAACAUUGUCCAUGGAAGGACUGCUCACCUGGUGGCCUGCUUCAGGUGUGCCAGGAUGCUGAAGAAGAAGAAAUCGCCGUGCCCCGUGUGCAGGAAGGAGAUCAAGAUGGUCAUCAGGAUCUUCAUGGGGUAGCAGCAUCUUCUGACCCUAAAAUAACCCCAAAGUGGAGAAUUUUGCACUCAAACCCCAAUUUCAGUGUCUACAGGAAGCUCAACGUGGUCAUCAGGAUCUUUAUGGGAUAGCAAGACCUUCUUCUACUAAAAUAACCCCAAAGUGGAGAAUUUUGCACUCAAACCCCAAUUUCAGUGUGUCCAGGAAGCUCAACGUGGUCAUCAGGAUCUUCAGGGGGUAGCAGCAUCUUUUGCCUCUAAAAUAACCCCAAAGUGGAGAAUUUUGCACUCAAACCCCAAUUUCAGUGUCUACAAGAAGAUCAAGGUGGUCAUCAGGAUCUUCAGGGAGUAGCAGGAUCUUCUGACCCUAAAAUAACCCCAAAAUGAGGAUUUUUGCACUCAAAUCCCAAUUUUAAUGUGUGCAGGAAGAUCAGGAUGGCCAUCAGGAUCUUCAUGGGAUAGCAAGACUAUCUACUAUUAAAACAAGCCCAGAAAGAGGAUUUUUUGCACAAAAACCCCAAUUCCAGUGCUCAGUCUGCAGGAACAGGAUGGUCAGCAGGAUCUUUAGGGUGUAGCAGGGCCCUUUGCUCAUAAAAUAAUCCCAAAAUGAGGAUUUUUGCACUCAAAUUUCCAUUUCAGUGUGUGCAAGAAAGAGAUCAGGAUGACCACCAGGAUCUUUGUGGGACUGCAGGACCCUCUGCCCCUAAAAUAACCCCAAAAUGAAGAUUUUUGCACUCAAACCCCAAUUCCAGAGCUGAGCCAGUGAAACCAAAGAAAACCAAGAUUGAAAUCCCACCAAGAAUCCUCUGCAGGAUCCACUUUUCCAUGGAAAUCUCCUUGAGAUCAAAAUCCCAGCUUGGAAAUUUUCCCAGUUUCCCAACUUCUGCCCAGUUUUAUCCCUUGGGAUUCUUUUGCCUGACCAAGAACGUAAGAUUUGUAAAUUGUGACUUUUGGAAUGGUUUUUUUUUCCAUAAGUCCCAACUUGUGCAAUUCCUUUGGAGCAGAGACAUAAAAACAGAAAUAAAUAUUUAUGGUGGGAGGGCAGGGGAUUUGGUUUGGGGAGAAGAAAGAAGAAAAAUAACUUUAUUACUGAUUUUUUUUUAUUGUUUAAGGUCAGCAGGGUGGAGAAUUCCUUGCUCCCAGAUGGGAAAUAAAUGCAACUUUAAUCCACACCUCUCAGGUCACAAAUCAGAUGGAAAAAUAAUAAU